CGCACGAUUAUUUUUAUGUCACGUUCUGUUGAUUGGUUUAGAAAUGUGCUUCCAGUAAAUUUUUCGUUAUUUGUUGUGAACAUUGAAAAAAAAUUAGGUGUCGAAGGUUUUAAAAGAUGGGAAAAAUUCCACUCUUCCACGAGUCCGACCAGGAAGACGAAGAUCAGAUCGAAUUCAGAACCAAUAAGAGCUAUGCCAAGCACUACGACGAGUUUCGCAAGAAGGAAGUUCUGGGUCAAUUAAAGAACCUUGAAUCUGAAGGUGAAUCAUCGUCCAGUGAUGACGAAACUACGGACGAAGAAGUGGUUGAUGCAGAGUUCGACAAGGAGUUCUUUCGAACGCUGGCCUAUCUGAAGCGGCGUGACCCCAAAAAGUAUGAGGAGAAGCCCCAGUUUUUCGAGAACGUGAAACCGGUAGAGGAAGUUGCACUGGACAAACGCAAGAAGAAGGACAAACCAAUGACUUUGAAGGACUACGAGAGGAAAGUGAUAUUGGAAAAGGGCGGAGUUUACGAGGAUGAAGAUGAGCUAAACGUGAGGCAACAAGCUAGACCAGAAUCUCCUUCGUUGGUUCAACAGCAGGAACAGAUUAAAAACGAGAUUAGGCAAGCACUUAACAAGAUCGCUACGGACGAUGAAGAUGAGGAUGAUAGUAAUGGGGGUUUAUUGAAAGAGAGAAGCAAGAGCAAGGUAGAGACGGAGCGGGAACAAGCGGACUAUUUGUCUUGGUUGGCGGAUAAGAAAACUAAAGAAGCGCCGUCGGACGAAGUGAAACCAUUGGCUCCGUUGAAGGAGUUUUGGAGCAGCAAAUCACUAUCUAAAGAAGAUGCGUUUCUGAAAGAUUAUAUUUUAAAUAAGCGAUUUAUCGACAAUACUGGAGAAGCACCGACAUAUGAUGACAUCGUGGCAACUUCGGAGGAUGAAGAAGAAUUGGAAAAGCAGGAAGAGUACGAAAGGCAGUACAAUUUUAGAUUCGAGGAACCUGAUUCAGAGUUUAUAAAAAGAUAUCCAAGAAAUGUGGAUGAGUCGGUGCGUAUUGAACGUAACAAGCGAAAGGAACAACGUCAACUUUUGAAGGAACGCAAACAGCGAGAGAAAGAGCAACAGAAGCGAGAAUUAGAGGAACUAAAAGCGAUUAAGCUACAGGAAAUUAAAGAUAGGAUUCAAAAGUUGAAAGAGAUUGCGGCAACGGAGAACAUGACUCUAAACGAGGAAGAAUUGGAAUCGGAUUUCGACCCAGAAGAACACGACCGGCGAAUGCAACGGAUGUUUGAUGACGGUUAUUAUGGCGUCGAUGAAGGUGAUCAGAAGCCGGAGUUUCCUGAUUUGGACGAGGAGCUUGGAAUUGAAAACUACGAUCGCGAGAAAAUUGAUUCAGACGAGCAAGAGAAAGACGACGGUGGGCCGCAUUGUGAGGAUGAUGAUUUUGUGAUGGAUGCAGAUUACGAAGAGAAUCAAAAGAAGAAAAAAAGUAAGAAAAAAUUCGAAGAAGAACUACUCGAGGCAACUGGUAGCAAGAAAAAGAAAGGAAAGAAAACAUCAAGAUUUGCGGAAGUGUUGAAAAAGGAAAAGCCAAUAUUCAAUCCUGAAGAUGAGAAAACAUACGGCGAGUAUAUCGACGAAUACUACAAGCUUGAUUAUGAAGAUAUAAUUGGAGACACGCCAUGCCGAUUCCGGUACGUGGAAACUGUUCCAAAUGAUUUUGGAUUGAGCGUUGAGGAGAUUUUAAUGGCAAACACUCGUGAGCUGAAUCGAUGGGCCAGCGUUAAAAAGACAGUUCAAAUCCGACCGAAGUAUUCUGAGCUGAGCGAAAUCGAAGUCUACAAGCGGAAGGCGCAAAAUGAAGAACUGAAAAGGAAGAUUAUUCCCAGCUUGUUCAAAGAGCAAGAGGAAGAAAGUGAUGAAGAUGCAGAAAUCAAACAGAAAAAAGCAAAUACUAUUACCAAAUUUGACGAAAUAGAUGCUCCCGAAGAUCUUCAUGAUACUCUAACAGUAGACAAAAAGAAGAAAAAGAAAAAGAAGAAACAAAUAUCACAAGAACUUCUAACAGACGAUCACGCUGAAACUAAUGAGAUAAAUGAUGCUAUAAAAACAGAUCAAAAGGAAGAAAGGAAGUCUACGAAGAAAACUGAAAUAGGAGAAAACACUGUAACUGAAGCAAGGCAACAUGAGGAAAACGAGCCAUGGCAGCAUAAAAAUGGUAAGAAACGGAAACGAGAGGACGGCGAGCCACAAACCGGAAAAGGAAGCAUUCCUCGCCAUGAGAAGAACAAAAAAUUCAAAAACAGUCGCUCCGAUUCAAGUCAGCAAACAGCGUCAAACGUUACCGACAGUCGGCUACGGGCGUUCGGUAUCAAUCCGAGAAAGUUCCACAACAAACUUAAAUACGGUGGUGGUCAAAAUCAGCAAACAUCCACUGAAGAGCCACGUGAACACUCGGGGCGUAAUAAUGGUAAAAACUAUCAAAAUAGGAAGUUUGAUCAGAAAGGAGGCAAAUCAAAGAAUCAGCGUUGGAAAAACAAAAAAUCGAAAUUUUGCUGAGGCGUAAAAUACAUUUAGGAAUGUAAAAUAUUAAUGUAAAUACAAUUUUAUAAAUAUUUUUUUCCAUA